UCCUCUAUUACCAGUAGAUCGGUACGGCCACGCGUCCCCUGACUUCCCCCCAUCGUUCCCCUCUCGUCCCUGACUUCGCACGCCGAGCUCUCUCUCCUCCGCCUCCUCCGUCGCGGGACUCCCGGGGCCGUGCGUGCGGCCGCCGGCCAUGGACACAGGGUUGCUGCAGCAGGGGAGCUCAUCCUUCCUGGCGCCGGACGGGGCGGCGUGGGGCGCCUCGCAGCAGCAGAAGCGGCAGCGGUGCGAGGGUUCUUCCAAUGAUCAAGUUGGAUCCAGCACAAGUGACGUGCAAAUGUCUGAAUCAGAGCAACAAGACUUUGAUUAUGUGGAAAAUGAGGAAGAAGAUUACUAUAUGGAGGAUGAUGAUGGUGAUAAUGAGGAAGAAGAUGAAUCCGAAUAUGAAUUUGAUGCAGCCGACUUUAAUCAGCAGCUUGCUGAUAAAUUUGAUGAUUUGGAUCUGCCUCCGGGUGUGGAGGCUACUGUACCUUGGCUGCAGAAACUUGCAGCUGCGGAAGAGGAAGAUGACAUGUCAUCUCUAAAAACUGAAGAUGAAAUUGAUAAGAAAUAUAAGUCGUUCAGACAAUUCUACACGGUUGAAAAAUUCUCUGACCACCAUUAUGCUAGUACCUCGGUGGGAAAGACAAGCAGAGAAUGGGCAAAAAGAAUUCAACAUGAGUGGAAACUUUUGGAGAAAGAUCUACCAGCAUCUAUCUAUGUUCGUGUUGCUGAAGAUAGGAUGGAUCUUCUUAGGGCUGUGAUUAUUGGCCCUAAGGGAACACCGUACCAUGAUGGACUCUUCUUCUUUGAUGCUCAGUUUACCUCCUCUUAUCCUUCUGCCCCGCCGACAGUACAUUACCAUUCUGGAGGACUUCGGCUUAAUCCGAACUUGUACAAUUGUGGAAAAGUUUGUCUUAGCCUCCUUGGUACCUGGAGUGGUAGUGGUUGCGAGAAGUGGAAUCCAAAUCAGUCAACCAUGCUGCAGGUGCUUGUCUCCAUUCAGGCUCUCAUUUUGAAUGAGAAACCAUACUUCAAUGAGCCAGGAUAUGCAGGCAGUGCCAAUACUCCGACUGGACAACAGAAUUCGAUAGAGUAUAACAAGAACACCUUUCUGCACUCAUGCAGGACUAUGUUGUAUUCACUUCGAAGACCUCCGGAGCACUUUGCAGAACUUGUUGCUGGCCACUUUCGGGAACAUGGGCGCACCAUUCUCUCAGCAUGCAAACACUACAUGGAAGGUAAUCUGGUUGGAUCUGUAGUCCCUGAAGAGGAAGAAUCAGAAUGCAACGACACAGGAGCAUCCAGUAGCAGCAGCACCCCAAAGCAAGAUCCAAUCAAGCCAGAUAUUAUUGGCAGGCGCAACCAGUUCUAUACCAACCUGGCCACGCUAUUUGAGGAUCUUCUGAUGGAGUUCAACGUCAAGGGUGCUGACACAAGGAAGUUUGUCGAGGAGAAGCGUAAGAAAAACCAGCCAGCCGCCUAAUAAGCAUGGAGGGCUGCGUGGUAGAGAUUAGUUUGCCUGCUAAUGGGGACUAGUUGCAAACUCCGUAAUUAAUUAGGAAAAAAGGGCAGGGUGGGUUUAGUUUGCUUUCCUAACUUUAGGGAAGAUUUUGUAGAUAGCGACUUUUGAGUAUUUGCUGGAACUCUGAACUUCUUCACCGGAAAAAUGAUAUGCUGCCAAAUUGAGUGCCGAUUCUCACGAGCACCAUAUUCAAUUUAGGCCAACAUAAAGCGUAUUUUGCA